AUGGUUGGUUCGAGAUCAGGAGGGGGCGGUGGAGGGGGAGGGGGUGCAGCGGCCGGGAGAGCCAAGUUUUCGGUGGAGGAACUGUACGGGCUUAACACCAACAAGAAGCCCAAGUUAGUGGGGCCACCAGUCAAGUCGGCUCUGGGCAGGGUCCCUGGGCAGAGGGAUGACCUGCUCACGGAGGAGACCAGGAAAGCCCUGGAGGAUCACAGGCUGGAGAUGUUCCUCCUGGAAUGCCGGCUUUCACUGCAUCAUACUGUUGCCGAGAGCACUGGGAUGUUGUACAGGAAUAUGGGAAGAUCAGGUCUGCGAGUCUCUUGUGUGGGAAUAGGGAGCUGGGUCACACUCGGCUCUCAGAUCUCAGACGAGGCUGCUGAAGAAAUCCUGACCCUCGCCUACGAGAACGGGAUCAACCUGUUUGAUACUGCGGAGACCUACGCUUCUGGAAGGGCUGAGGUGACGCUGGGAAACAUCAUCAAGAAGAAAGGCUGGAGACGGUCCACUUUUGUAAUCAGCACGAAACUCUACUGGGGAGGACAGGCGGAGACUGAGAGGGGGCUCUCUCGCAAGCACAUCAUCGAAGGACUCAGGGGCUCACUUGACCGGUUACAGCUUGAAUAUGUCGACAUUGUCUUUGUGAACAGGCCUGAUGUGACUGUCCCAUCAGAGGAGAUUGUCCGGGCCAUGACAUUCCUCAUAAACCAGGGGAAGGCAAUGUACUGGGGAACUUCCCGAUGGACCUCAGCGGAGAUCAUGGAAGCUUACGCCAUUGCCCGACAGUUUAACCUGAUCACUCCGUCCUGUGAGCAGGCUCAGUACCAUCUCUUCCAGAGGGACAUGGUCGAGGCACACCUUCCUGAGCUCUACCACAAGAUUGGUCUAGGAGUGAUGACAUGGUCACCACUGGCCUGUGGCUUAAUCACUGGAAAAUACGAAGACGGCAUUCCAGAAAAUUCCAGGGCAUCAUUGCCGGGUUAUGAGUGGCUGAAGGCAAGAAUAACGAGUGAGGAAGGACAGCUGCAGCAAAUCAAGAUGAAGGCCCUGCAGCCAAUCGCUGAGAAGAUCUCCUGCACUUUGACCCAGUUGGCGAUUGCCUGGUGUCUGCGCAACGAGACAGUCAGUUCCGUCCUACUCGGAGUAUCAGACGUUGGGCAACUGCGUGAAAACCUCGCUGCUAUUCAGAUCCUUCCUCAGCUGACUCCACAGAUUCUCAGCGAUAUCGAGGUCAUCUUGACCAAUAAAUCCGGCCUCAGGAGCGAUUUCAAGGCCUAG